AUGUUUGCUGCUGGAACUGAUACUACCUACACAGUCCUGGAAUGGGCAUUGUCAGAACUACUAAGACAUGAAACUGUGAUGCAUAAAUUGCAAGAUGAGGUCAGAACUGUGGUUGGUAACAGAACUCAUGUAACUGAGGAGGAUUUGGUUAACAUGAACUACUUAAAGGCUGUGAUCAAAGAAACUCUUCGCCUGCAUAUCCCGGUACCCUUAUUAGUCCCUCGGAGAACUAUGGAAGAUAUCAAAUUAGAUGGCUAUGACAUAGCAGCUGGUUCACAGGUGAUAGUGAAUGCUUGGGCAAUUGCAAGAGACUCUUCAAUUUGGGAGAAACCUCUAGAGUUUAAACCAGAAAGGUUUAUGAAUAGUUCAAUAGAUUAUAAGGGAUUGGAUUUUGAACUUAUACCAUUUGGAGCAGGAAGGAGAGGUUGUCCUGGAGUGACUUUUGCUAUUUCUAUCAAUGAAUUGGUUUUAGCAAACCUUGUUAACCAAUUUGAUUGGAAAUUGCCUGAUGGAGUAGAAGGAAAGGAUUUGGACAUGUCUGAAACUAAUGGCCUUACUUGUCGUCGAAAAUAUCCUCUAAUUGCAGUUGCUACCAAAUAUGACAGAAAUGAAUAA